GCCUCCGCUCUGUCGCUUUAAGCCUGUUCCACACCGCCGCGCCCCUACAUCGCUCCGGAGCUCCGCUGCACCUCGCCACCUCUCCUGCUGCUCCUCCUCUCCCGCUGCUCUUCACCUGCUCCUCACCUGCUCCUCCUCACCCGCUCUACCUCCUCUCCUGCUCCUCCUCUCCCACUGCUCUUCACCCGCUCUUCUUCGCUGCUGCCGGCCCAGCUCCCGAUCCGCGUCUUGCAGCCUCUGUGGACCCGCCACCAUGGCCGACAUCAAGACUGGCAUUUUCGCCAAGAACGUCCAGAAACGACUCAACCGCGCGCAGGAAAAGGUCCUUCAGAAGCUUGGGAAAGCUGAUGAGACAAAAGAUGAACAGUUUGAAGAAUAUGUCCAGAACUUCAAACGGCAGGAGGCAGAAGGUACCAGACUUCAGCGAGAACUCCGAGGAUAUUUAGCAGCUAUCAAAGGCAUGCAAGAAGCCUCGAUGAAGCUCACUGAGUCACUGCAUGAAGUCUAUGAGCCUGACUGGUAUGGGCGAGAGGAUGUGAAGAUGGUUGGUGAGAAAUGUGAUGUGUUAUGGGAAGACUUCCAUCAAAAACUAGUGGAUGGGUCCUUGCUGACAUUGGAUACCUAUCUGGGCCAAUUUCCAGACAUAAAGAAUCGCAUCGCAAAACGCAGCAGGAAGCUGGUUGACUAUGACAGUGCCCGCCACCAUCUGGAAGCUUUACAGAGCUCCAAGAGGAAGGAUGAGAGUCGAAUCUCCAAGGCAGAAGAGGAAUUUCAGAAAGCACAGAAAGUGUUUGAAGAGUUUAAUGUUGACUUGCAAGAAGAGUUACCAUCAUUAUGGUCAAGACGAAUUGGAUUUUAUGUCAAUACUUUUAAAAAUGUCUCUAGCCUUGAGGCCAAGUUUCAUAAGGAAAUUGCAGUGCUUUGCCACAAACUGUAUGAAGUAAUGACAAAACUGGGUGACCAGCACGCUGACAAGGCCUUCACCAUUCAAGGCGCUCCCAGUGAUUCAGGUCCUCUCCGCAUCACAAAGACACCAUCACCGCCUGAAGAGCCCUCACCCAUCCCAAGCCCAACAGCUAGUCCCAAUCAUACACUGGUGCCUUCGUCUCCUGCACCAGCACGGCCUCGGUCACCUUCACAGACAAGGAAAGGGCCUCCUAUACCACCUCUGCCUAAAGUCACCCCGACAAAGGAACUGCAGCAGGAGAACAUCAUCAGUUUCUUUGAGGACAACUUUGUCCCAGAAAUCAGUGUGACAAUACCUUCCCAGAAUGAAGUCCCUGAGGUGAAGAAAGAGGAGGAGACUUUGUUGGAUCUGGACUUUGACCCUUUCAAGCCUGAGGUAGCCUCUUCAGGUUCUGCUGGAGUGAUGCAAUCACCCAUGUCUCAGACAUUGCCCUGGGACCUAUGGACGACAAACACUGAUUUGGUACAGCCGGCUCCUGAUGGUUCAUUUAAUGGAUUCACGCAGCCCCAGGACACUUCAUUAUUCACAAUGGCGACAGAUCAGAAUAUGCUGGCUGAGACUGAACAGGCUCCACCAACAGAGUUGAAAGCAGAGGAGCCCCUUGCUGCUGCAGCAUCCGCUGUUGGGCUGGAUCAUGGACUGGACACCUGGGCUGAGGAGACAGUGGAGGGGACAGUGAUCCUACCUGGAACUGAAGUUGAUGGGACUGUUGGAAUGCUGGUGUCCGCAGCGGAAGGGGCCCCAACAACAGAAGCAGAAGCAGAGGAGGCUGCUCUUCAUCCUGGCAAAAGAGAAAGUUUAGAGGAGGCCAGGAUUGAUCCUGAAGCCUCAGAGGUCAUAGGCAGUGACAGAGCUCAACCAGAAGACACAGAAACAGCAGCACCUCAGGAGAAGGUCAUUCCUUCUGUUGUCAUAGAGCCUGCUUCCAACAAUGAAGGGGAGGGAGACCACGAAACAACUAUAGGUGUAGAGUCCAAGGAGGGAGCUGAAGACUCAGCUCUUCCAGGCCCCACCAGGGAGAUGCCGGAGUUGGCCUCUGAGCAAAAGGCCCCUGAGGACUUCCAGCCAGCAGCCUCUGCUCCAUCUGCAAGCCAAGCCUCUCAGCAAGUGCCACCUGGCUUUCUCUACAAGGUGGAAGCACUGCAUGACUUUGAAGCAGCAAAUUCUGAUGAACUUACCUUACAAAGGGGCGACGUGGUCUUGGUUGUCCCCUCGGAUUCAGAGGCUGACCAGGAUGCCGGCUGGCUGGUAGGAGUGAAGGAAUCAGACUGGCUCCAGUACAGAGAUCUCGCCACCUACAAAGGCCUCUUUCCAGAGAACUUCACCCAGCGCCUGGUUUAGGGCCAAAAGUAUUGUAGAAAGAGCCUGGUUUGGGGGUUUUUAAACCCUCAUGAAAACCUGCAGAAUUCACUUCUGCUAUUACACUCCUGAUGAUUUACAGACUGAUGCUGGACGAAGCUUAAAAGGACAUCAAUGGAAUGCGUGUGCAAAAAAGUGUAAGGAAAAAAGUGAAUGAAGGAGAAAGUCCUAAAUGGUCCUCAUGUUAUUAAGAAAGGGUUUGUUUGUGCUUUGUCCAAGCUGUGGAGAUUCUGGCACUUAAUUCCCUCCCACCAAUUCUGAAGUAGUUUUCUCCAGACCAGAACCUUAAUUUCUCUUCACCAAGUGUGUGGUAUUGAGAGGCUGCCCUGCAGAAGAUGUGAUGAAUUACCCUGUAGUACAAGAUUAUCUUACUCCCCAGUGCAGGUGUGAGCCCGUGUGUUUGUGAUCUCUCUUUCCCCCUUUCAAGUUUACUGUGUUCAAAAGUAAACUGCUGCAGAAGUUUUUGAUGUUCUUUUCCAAAACCUCUCUCUCUCUCUCUCUCUCCACACACACACACAUAUAUACACAGUCACACAAGCUAGUUCCCAUCACUCCUGAAUCUGUGUGUAUGCACAAAAUGACAUACAUGAAGUUGCUUUCUUUCCCUUCCAUGAUAGCCAUUUGCCUCUCAAGUAUCAUUGUUACAUGCAUUGCUCUUAUUUUACCUGGCAUUACAAUUGCAGUUUUGCCUCAGAACAGACUAGCCAUCCCAUUGCCAAAAAAGUUGACCAUAUCUGUGUUCAAAAUGUGCAUUUUUAAGGGUGUGAUGACAGAUAGCAUGUCAGAGCUGUUGUCUUCAUGGAGAAGGCAGAGCCUGGUGCCCUAGAAGUCUGGCUGCUGCAGCUGGAGGCAGGUAACUGGGGAUGAGCAGUGAACUUAACUUGCCUUUCAGAGACUGGCUAGACAAUGGGGCAUAUAAUCCCACCCCAAAAGAAUAUGUAAAAGGAGCUCCUUAUAUUUAUGCAACUCCUCUUCACAGAUUGCCCUAAAAAUAAUAUAGGUGAUAUAUGCUGUAUCUAUAAAUCAUCUGUAAUGAUAAUGUUUUCAGUGCUUGUCAUUCCUAAUAAACCUUUGGUCAGU